GCUAACCUGACUGAUACGCGGGCAUGUACACAACUUAUCCAGUCAUACGGCGCUGACGAUCAAGUUUUGAUUUUCGCCUAUUCACGCCAUUCGAGCGUAUAAACAAUUUUUGGUUAGAAUAGUAUUACGAUAUUUAUAUCUGUAAUUCGGUGAAAAAAUGAGUUCCAUAGGCACAGGGAACAGUCAUAGGACUGAGAGGAAAAGAUGGCAUUGUAUUCGCUGUGGAAAAGAUAGUUACGUCAAAGCUCUAUGAGGUUGGCACGAACAAAAGAAUAUUCAAUAUAGAUCAACAUGUUGGUAUGGCAGUUUCUGGUUUGAUAUCAGAUGCCAGACAAAUCGUAGAGAUCGCUAGAUCAGAAGCAUCUAGUUACAAGUCUCAGUAUGGGAUCGGUAUCCCUUUGAAAUAUUUAAACGAAAGAGUUUCCAUGUACAUGCAUGCAUACACUUUAUAUUCAGCAGUCAGGCCUUAUGGCUGUUCCGUAAUUCUUGGUGCCUAUGAACACGAUGGUCCAGCUAUGUAUAUGAUAGAUCCUUCUGGAGUUUCGUACGGAUACUAUGGCUGCGCCGUUGGCAAAGCAAAACAGUCAGCAAAGACGGAAAUUGAAAAAUUGAAGUUAUCUGAAAUGACUUGUAACGAAUUAGUAAAAGAAGCAGCGCGUAUAAUCUACCUCGUUCACGAUGAAUUGAAAGACAAACAGUUCGAGCUUGAAAUGAGCUGGGUUGGUAAACACACGAACGGAAGGCACGAACGUAUACCAGCGGAUAUAAAAACCGACGCCGAGACAAAAGCGAAACAGGCAAUGGCGGAAGAUUCAGACAGUGAGACAGAAGACAUCAUUAACCCCGAAGAUCGUACCACAAACUGGAUCCCUACCUUCUUCGAUCACCUACUUUCAUCAUCCUCAGAGGGGAAUAUCCUUGCCCAAAGCAAUUAACUGUAUCAAGUCGACCAGGUUGGAAAAACAACAUGACAACAAUAUGAUAUAA